AUGCCUGCUGCAUCGAUCCUACUUCAGACUGUUUUGGUUCUUCUCGCUGGCAUUUCCGGCAAGUCCAACUCAUUCAUUCAGCUCUUAAAAGCAUUGCCAGCACAAUAUGUAGCUAAAUGCCUUUUAAGUUAUAAAAUCAUCAUUUAAAGCUAAUACGCCAGAAGCCGUUUCAUUGCCAAUAAUAUAUCGGUGACUACUACACAUCACCUAGAAUCUUACCUGAAAAAAUCGGUUCUAACAUGCGUCUUGAUCAAUUACGCUUUUAGCACGCGCUGACGAACCGCCGACUUAUGACCUGUGCAAAGGUGAACACACAGAAUGUACGACUGUGUCCUACACAGCCGGCGACCAAAGCAAAGGCCUAGCAUGUCGUAACCAAUGCUUACAGCAGAAAGGUCCGUCGUGCAUUCUCAACGUGCAUGCUGCUACCCUAUCGCGAUUCAGCCCGCAACUGUCCCUCUAUUUUAUUGACCCACAUUCCACGUGUCAUGCGGUUUAGGAACUAACCUAGUUCUUCUUUUGUAGACGAAUUAACCGAGGAAAUCACUGUGCAUCUAUGCGACCGACCCGACCAGUCUUGUAGCACCUACGGAGUUUAUGGACCAGUGGGUUUCAGCGGCAUCUUCGAGAGGCACGUCGCAUGUGUUAAGGCGUGUCAACAGUUUGCGCAAAGUAAAUUGUCAUCUUACCCUACGCUCCCUGUUGUACAUUUGCUGUGUUUGCAAAACAGCCUUACCGCAUAAUUGUAUAGAACUGUUUCAGUAUUGAUUUCUAUCCAUACCACUGAUGUAUUGCGCAUUUUAAUGUUUCCCGUUUCUUCUUGUUUCUGCUAUUCUUUGCAUGCUAGAUGUACUCAGCUGGGUGCAGAGGGCGAACCACUGA